GCGCCUGCCCUGGCUGGGAGCUUGACCAGACCAUCCUGAAGGUCCCUUCUGAAUAAGAUCCUAGAUUGUGUUUAUCUCGAAAUUGAAAUCACUGGGAGCCCUGAGAGUUCUUUGGCUACUUUCUUUUCUGGAAUUAUUGUGGAUAUAAUCAAGACACUACCUGGCUCUUUAAAUCAGUUGGCUUGCUGGCUACAGUGCAGGUAAACAAUAUGGGAUGAUGAGCUACAAAAUAUUGUUUACUGUAUUUCUGAAAAGUCACGAGCCACAGCAAGAAACGAAAGUGAAAUCAGCUGAUGCUGACAUCAGUUAGCACAAAUGUACCAAAGUUCAGAGAGCUGUUUACUUAGACACAACUGUGAGUGCAAGUGGGGCACAAGCUCAGGCCGGCAUCUCUCUGCCAUUUCCCCGUCCACUGUCCUCCCUUCUGGAGCCUGACAUCAGAAAGCCAGCGACAAGGAAGAUUCAACCAGACGGCCGGCUCUCCUGCUCCUCCUUUCCACAAGCGUUCCUGUGGGCUCUGCACCUUCUUUUUGUCCCACUGCAAAGGGAAGGAGAGAUGGCCAUCCCAAGGCCACACUGGGGCAACCACCUGCCGUUCCUGAGCAUCCUGAUCCUCACAGUCGUGGUCCUCUCCCUGCUCUUCUACACUCUGCUCUGGAAGGCUGGCAACCUCACUGACCUGCCCACCCUGAGAGUCGGCUUCUACAACUUCUGCCUGUGGAACGAGGACACCGGCUCCCUACGGUGUCUCCAGUUUCCUGAGCUGGAGGCCCUGGGGAUGCCUCGGGUUGGCCUGGCCCUGGCCAGGCUUGGGGUGUACGGGGCCCUGGUCUUCACCUUGUUUGUGCCCCUGACUCUCCUCCUGGCCUGGUGCAACGGUGAUGAGGGAGAGUGGCGGCUGGCAGCCGGCUUCCUGGCCGUGGCCUCCGUGCUGCUGGCCAGUGGCCUGGGCCUCUUCCUCUCCUACGUGUGGAAGUGGGUCAGACUCUCCCUCCUGGGGCCUGGGUUUCUAGCUCUGGGCAGUGCCCAGGCCUUGCUAAUCCUCUUGCUUAUGGCCACAGCUGCGUUCCCUCCCAGGGACAAGACAAGAGCCAGCUUGAGAGCUGCUAGUCCUGUCUAGAGGCUUGUGAGAUUGCAACGGUUCAGUUCCAACCACACUCGGAGAGGGUGGCGUGUCUGCUCAGCCGUCUCGUUUCAUGGCUAAUGCUGAUCUCAAGCUCCAGCAGAUGGAUCCCACCGCACAGCAGGUGGGGCCCCGGCAUCAAGGAGGCCAAGAGGCAGUAAGGGAGGCUGGGGCACCUGCAGCUUCUUAGUGUAGGACUGUCUGUCCUGCAGGACUUCCAAGAACACCAUAAAACCACGCAGCUCAUUGUCACACGAAUUCCUGCUUUAAGUAACUGAUCUGAGCAACUCUUACUCUAGCCUCAGGAGUGGGGAGAGGUAAGGAUUUCCGUCCCAGGCCAGACUUCCAGGCUGAUUUGUCAAAUGCCAAACUGGAACCCAGAAGUUUUAUGGCAACAAAUGGGGAUAUUAAAAGAAAGAGCACCGUGGUGCCCCUCGGGCCCAGGUUAGCAAGCUUCUGCGCCCCCAUCUGUGGUGAGUGGGCCGAGAUGAGCCCCUUUCCGGGAUUCCACUGCCAGAGGCCCAGCAAUGAUCCGAAGCACUCCACAGAGACAGGACACAUGGGCACAAAGAGAAGCCUUGGUGGCUUUGAGGGCUCCCCUGAAAAGGCCCCUGGACCUGAAAGAGCAGCGCAGUCACUGGUAAUUGGUCCCGUGAUGCGACCCAGGAGUACAUACGCCAAAUCCUGGACAAGGGCCGGUGACCAGGACCGAAGGGCUGCACAAACACACUGCCGCAUCCCUUCACUUCUCAACUGGAACUGGGAAGGAUUUAAGCAUGACUUACACACUGGGGAAUUUUGUGCAUUUUUCAGCACCUGUAUAUUGGAAAACCUGUACGGCAAAUGAUUACUCACUCUAUGCCUGCCAAAAGCCACAGCGAAUACCGAGGCAGAAACAUGGGCUCUGGUGUAAUCUCUCGCCCUUGGUGCCUCCUCCCCGGUCCUGUCCCACUGUAGCUUUACAGAUGCCCAGGGGCCAAGGUGCAGGCCACCAGGUGGAAGGCAGGCCCGGGAGGCCUGUCUGGCUUCCCGGUCUGUGCACUGUGACCUUCCAGCUCCCAGACAGGGCAGAGAACUGGGGGCAGCUGGUCUGCCUUCCAGGCUGGUUAGAGGGCCGAGAGCUCACGGACGGAUCACCUUGUGACGGGAACUAUUUUUAAAAUAGGCUUCCUCCUCAGGAGAGAUCGCGCUGACUGAACUAUAGGAAUUCCAGCAUAAUAGCAGCCAUCCCAUUCUUUGAAAAGUAUUAUCUCUUUGGUUUCAAAAAGUUGGACCACUGUGUGACCUCAUGUUCCCUGGAACCUGGUAACUGAAUAAAACAAAUGAUUGUUUAAUAAAA